AUGUCUACUGAUAAUUUCCAUGGAUGGGCCUGUCACGGCAAAGAUAAACCCCUUGAAUUGAGUGAAUUGCCUUUGAAGGCAUUUGAUGACUAUGCUGUUGAUAUGGAUAUUACUCACUGUGGUAUUUGUGGAUCUGACAUUCACACAAUUGACUCGGGAUGGGGGCCUACUGAUUAUCCCUGUGUUGUUGGUCACGAAAUUACCGGUAUAUGUACACGCGUUGGAAAAAAAGUACAGAAAGUUAAAGUUGGAGAUCGUAUCGGUGUUGGAGCUCAAUCUGGCUCCUGUCUCAAGUGCGAGGACUGCAAGAGCGGUAACGAAAAUGUUUGUAUGAAGGGUAUUGUGUAUACCUACAGUAGCUACUGGGAGAAUGGUGACAAGUCAUAUGGUGGUUAUGCAGACAAGUGGAGAGGUCAUGAACACUUUAUAUUCAAGAUUCCCGAUAAUAUGUCCAACGAGAUCGCCGCCACUUUCUUCUGUGCUGGCGUAACGACCUACUCUCCUCUUAAGCACUACAAUGUCAAGCCCGGAGACAAAGUCGGUGUAAUUGGUAUUGGCGGCCUCGGUCAUUUUGGCGUACAGUGGGCUAAGGCUAUGGGUGCCACCGUCGUCGCCCUUUCACACUCUGACCGCAAGCGCGAUGAUGCCAAAGAACUUGGUUGUGACGAUUAUAUUGUUACGAGCAACAAAGAGAUAAUGUCUGCACACAACGGCACAUUUACACAUAUCUUGUGCACCAACUUUAGCCCCGAUUUUGAUUGGGAAAGCUAUCUUAGUCUUCUCAAGGCCAAUACUCAUUUCAUUGUCGUCGGUGUUCCCGAUGCACCAUUGUCCGGCAUACCUGCUCUUUUAUUGGCAUCUCGGCAAAUCGCAAUCGUUGGGUCGGCAAUAGGUUCUCCUUCUAUGAUCGAAGAUAUGCUUAAUUUUGCAGCAACUCACAAUGUAAAGCCUUGGGUUAACAAGUAUCCAAUGAAAGAAGUAAACGAAGCUAUUAAGGCCAUGAGAGAAGGAAAACCUAGAUAUAGAAUUGUGUUAGAAAACUAA